AUGAUAUGGCUUCGAGCAAUUUGGACAUAUGCGAUUUUGCUGGCCUCUGUAGCUUGUGAACAGCACUAUUUUGUGCAGGAUUCAGACCACAAUAUCGACAUCAAACCUUUGCCCAGGUCACCAACAUUAGAACCUAACUCGUCGUUUGUGUUGAAAAAGGGACGCAAUGGUGCGAUAAGCUCAGACUCUGAGUAUUGUAGCCGACUCGCGGUAGAACAUGUUUUACAAAAGUACGACGGAGCCAAUGCAGCUGACGCCGCGGUAACGGUGGCGCUCUGUUUAGGCAUGAAGAAUUUCUUCUCUAGUGGUAUCGGUGGCGGUGGAUACGCAGUAUUUGUUGGCGGUCACAAAGCUGCGGAGAGACCAGAGCCGCUUUUUAUCGACUUCCGCGAACAGGCACCUGCUCUGGCUCACAAGCACAUGUUUGAUAUGAAGCCCAACGCAUCUCAAGUAGGAGGUCUGGCUGUCGCAAUUCCAGGUGAACUCAAGGGUCUUCACGAACUUUAUGCAUCGAGAGGUUCUGGGAAAGUUGCCUGGCGGGACCUAUUAGAGCCCGUGGCGGAGCUGGGCACUACGGGCUGGCCAGUUGACGAACUUACAGCUGCAACUCUGAAAAUGUACGAACCUUAUUUUUUGAAUAACAGUUCGGACUGGUCUUUCCUGCUUAAUAGAGCACAAACCCGCGUGAAAACCCUGGGUGAAAAACUGAGGCGGCCUGCGCUCGCAAGAGUACUUCGAGAAUUAGCGGCGAAUGGGAGCGCUGCACCUUUCUACGACCCUGAUCACUGGAUCGUUAAAUCUUUAAUUGGCAAAAUCCGGGAGACCGGCGGAAUUGCGACGGAGCAAGAUUUUGCUAACUAUUUCGUGAACGUGUCACAGCCGCUCUCCAAGCGAUUGAGACAUGGCUGGCAAAAUUUGCCCAACAACGACAUAACAGUCUACACCAGUGCGGGCUCGAGCUCCGGACCAGCCCUGCUUUCAGCACUACAGAUUUUGGACCAUUUCCCAAAUCAUCAGGGCGGCGACUUCCAACGGGACCAAACGUUUCAACUUAUUGAAGCUAUGAAGUGGAUGGCAAGCUCCAGAAGUCGAUUGGGAGAUUUUUCCAAAUGCAGCGAGAUACCAGAACGCGUUCUGGCUGUUUUGAAUUCUUCGUGGACCGAUCAUGCCGUGAGUAAAAUGAAGCCCCAAGACGGCGUUCUAAGGACUCUAGCAAACUGGACAGAAUACGCACCCGCUUACGAGCUAACGGAACCGCAUGGUACAACCCAUUUCAGCGUUGUAGACAAAUUUGGAAGCGCGGUGACCAUCACAUCUACUGUAAAUCUAUUAUUUGGGUCGUUGGUGCAUGAUCCUGCAACUGGUAUAAUUUUGAACAAUGAGAUGGACGAUUUUUCCCAACCAGGGAGAAAAAAUGCAUUCGAACUAGCUCCGUCUGCGUUCAACUUUGUCGAACCAGGCAAGAGACCUCUUUCGUCGGCUGCUCCCACCGUUGUGCUCGAUGAGCUCGAAAUGGUAGAUCUGGUAAUCGGUGCCGCUGGAGGCUCAAGGAUAACAACGAGUCUUCUCCAAGCCCUUGUACGCACGUACUGGUACGAUAUGCCCCUCUUGGAGACCAUAGCUUACCCAAGAGUACAUCAUCAACUGAUCCCAGAACAUAUCGAAGCGGAAAGCUUUCACAUGAUGGGCAAAGAAGCUAUUUCAUCCCUAGAAAAAAUGGGUCACAAAAUUAUCGAAACGCCACCCAAGAGCGUGGUAAACGGCAUCAGAAGAGUGAGAGGUGAAUGGCAUGCUGUUAGUGACUACUGGCGUAAGAGAGGUCUAUCAGCGACUUACUAG